AUGGCCAACACCUGCUCGACGAAGAGCUCGGGCGUCGUCUCGCGUUGGUCCUCUGUGCCACAGCCGAGCAAAAACCUGCGACUGCGACGGUCACGUGCGACUUUCGUCCAUCACCCGUCAACACUUCAUGGAGACAUAGACGGACAAGUCCGACAUGAGACUUUCUGUAGCUCCUCGUUACGCCAGACACGCGACUCGUACUGCCAUAGCAGCAGCACCAGUAGCAGCAGCAGCAGCACGAGCACAGUGUCCACCACUGUCUCGUCGCCGUUACCACAGGACAUCCACAUUCAAAGUUGGAUGUACUGGGCUCGUCCAGGCGAAGGUCCGACCGCUGCGCUCAAAGCCGAUCGAUACACAAAGGUCUACGCCGUGCUGCGCAACGAGUUCCUGCUGCUCUAUCGCCACAACUAUCGUCCGUCGAAGGACUUGCGGCCUCAGCCACUGGUACAAAUUGCUGUCGCGAGCUCCUCGUGCAGUGGAGACGGCGUGUUGUACGUCGAAGAUCCUUACGGCGAAGACAUGGAGCUACACUUGUACGAGCGACAAGACGGGGACACGUGUCAACAGUGGCGCGAUGCGCUGGAACAAGCUGCUGCGUUGACGCGCUCGUACUUGUCCACUUUUGACGUCAACGUGGACGACCUGUCACGUGGCAGUGUGUACCGCGGUACGCUCCACGACAUUCGCGUGGGUCGAGACCACUCGCGCUGGACUUCGGUCGCGCAGCUGUCGAAGCUCGGAACGUGGAGCUCGUUGCGAAGGUUUGUCCCGGAUCGACUCUCGAGGUACUCUCGAUCGAUGUCGAGUACGAGCUUCAAGUCAAUGACCAACGGGUUACAAGUAGACCGCUGA